AUGGCUAAACUUGUCCUCAGUGUUGUUGCAGAGGGAAUCUUAGCCAAGGCGAUGUCACUAGCUAGUGAGCAUAUCGGUUUUGCGUGGGGUUUCAAGGAGGAGCUAUGUAAGCUUCAAGUCUCAUUAACCAAGAUUCAGGCUGUGAUACAUGAUGCUGAGAAAAGGCAAAUAAGUGAUGAGUCUGUGAAGAUCUGGCUACUGGAGCUUAAAGAUGUAGCUUAUGAAGCUGACAAUGUCCUAGAUGAGUUUGGGUAUGAGAUUCUUUGUCAAAAGGUGGAGUCUCAAAAGAGAAAGAAGAGAGUCUUUGAACCCAAUCCCCAAGAUCGGUUUGGACAGGAGACAGACUCUUUUAUUGAUGAUUCGGAAGUUGUAGGACGAGGAGAUGAUGUCUUAAAAAUUGUCAACUUGUUGAUUGGUGCAAAUAAUCAACGAGUUAUCUCGGUUGCUCCUAUUGUGGGUAUGGCAGGUCUCGGAAAUACAACUACAACAAAACUAGUUUACAAUCAUGAACUAGUAAAGAAACAUUUUGAUGUGAAGAUGUGGGUAUGUGUAUCUGAUAAUUUUGAUGUUAAAAGGAUUUUAAGAGAGAUUCUUGAAAUCCUUGACAAUAAUUGUAGUGGGUUAGAAAAUAAAAAUGCUAUACUUCACCAUCUUCAAGAGAAGUUGCAGGGAAAAAUAUAUCUUCUCAUACUUGAUGAUGUGUGGGAUGAAGAUCGUGAGAAAUGGGAUAGUUUAAGGAGUAGUUUGCUGGGAAUUAAUCAAAAUAAUGGAAAUAAUAUUCUCGUAACUACUCGUAAGGACAAUGUGGCACAAAUCAUGAAGACAAGUCUCAUGCAUAAAUUGGAAAAACUAUCAAAAGAUGAAUGUUGGUUAAUAUUUAAGGAAAAGGCAUUUGCAAAUGAAAGAAUUCCAAUAACUCCAGAUUUGGAGGAUAUUGGAGGAAAGAUUGCUAAAAGAUGUGGAGGGAAUCCAUUGGCUACAAGAGUUCUGGGAGGAAUGAUGCGCCUUAAAGAGGAUAAAAGUGAAUGGUUAUUGAUUCAAAAUAGUAAGACUUGGGAUUCGAUGGAGGACAAUAAUGGAGUUUUUCCAAUAUUAAAGUUGAGCUUUGAUCAUCUCCCAACACCAUCUCUAAAACAAUGUUUUGCAUAUUGUUCAAUUUUUCCCAAGGAUUUUAUUAUUGAAAAGAAACUACUAGUUCAACUCUGGAUGGCUGAAGGGUUCCUUCAAACACCUAAAAGAAGUUUUUCAGUGAUAGUGGAUAUUGGUAACAAGUAUUUUGAUUUCUUAGUGGCAAAUUCCUUAUUUCAAGAUCUAGAAAGGGAUUCUUAUGGUGAUAUUACUUGGUGCAAGAUGCAUGAUCUUGUGCACGAUCUUGCACUCUCAAUUUCAGAAGGGGAAACCUUGCAUUUGGAGGGCAAUUUGGGGGAUGACAUUAAUGUCUCUCAUACUCGACGUUUAUCUCUUAUAUCUGAUGGCCAUACGACACCUGCAAUCCCAUUAUCUAAAGAUGGCAUGGGCAGGUUAUGCACAAUUUUUUUGAAUUUUGUUGAUCUUGGAGACAAAUUAUUGGAGUUUAAAUGCGUACAUGGUCUAUCUUUAUCUGGGUCAUGUAUAAAAGAGUUACCCGAGUCCAUCGGUAUGUUGAGACAUUUAAGGCUUCUUCGCAUCAAGGACACCUACAUCAAAGUAAUACCCAAUUCUGUUAGCAUGCUUUACAACUUGCAAACUCUAGUAAUCAAGGGUUGUCGUCUUCUCAAAGAGCUUCCAAAAGAUCUACAAAACUUGAUUAACUUGAGACAUAUUGAUAUUGACAACAUAAUGAAAUUGCCGACUGAUAUUGGGCGGUUGACUUGCCUUCAAACACUGCCUUUCUUUAACGUUGGUCAAGACAUUGGUGGUCAAAUUGGAGAACUAGGAUGCUUAAGCCAACUCAGAGGAGAAUUGAGUAUUUAUCAUUUAGGGCACGUGAGAGAUAAAGAAGAAGCCAAAACUGCAGAUUUAGCAGAAAAACCAGAAGUACACGAAUUGGAAUUCUGUUGGUCUUGGCAGGAUGAAAGGGAAGGCAACAACAAUGAUGAGGAUGUACUGGAAGGCCUUCAGCCUCACCCAAAUUUGAAAAGCUUAAAGAUAGUAUUUUUCGAAGGUGAGAAUUUCCCUUCAUGGCUAUUGGGGAGUGAUAAUAUUAGGGGUGGCUUGUUUCUUUUUGAUCAUCUAUUGGAGAUUCGCUUAAGCUACUGUUCGAAGUGUAAAAAACUUCCUACACUUGGACAUUUACCCAGUCUCAAAGUUCUUGAAAUACGGGGAAUGGAUAACGUGAGAUGCAUAGGAACUGAAUUUUACGGCAGUUAUAAUGGUGAGGGAUCGAGUAAUAGUAGAGGUGGCAGUGGCAGCACCGUGUUGUUCCCAGCUUUGGAAGAACUUGUUUUGGGUGGCAUGCGUAAUCUAGAAGAAUGGAAUGACGUGACGGAACCAGCAGCAGAAUUAGGAAUGAUAUUUCCUCGCCUUGAGUGUUUGGAGGUUUGGAGAUGCGAGAAACUAACAAGUGCUCCACAUCAUUUUCCGUCUCUUAAGGAAUUAUAUAUUUCCAACAUCAGAGGCCCGGCAUUUGAACAGCUUAUUAGCGAGCUUACCACACUCACGUCCCUCCAUAUUUCAGAAAUUUCAUAA